CACACAGAGAAACCAAUUCUACAUUAGCAACCGCAAAAUCUUAUUGGAAUUUUAGUUCAUCGCUCGAAUCGAAUUCAUUCACUUGUUUGUUGUCUUACAUUCGCUUACGCGUCCGCGAAAUUUCAACGCCGCAAAUUCUACUAUUUCACUUCUUCUGUUUUGUUAAGUUUUGUUAUGUAGUGCCGUUGCAAACGCAGGAUUUUAAUUUAGCUGAAAUAAAUUUUGACACAAAUGUAUAUAAUAUAAACAACAAAAAAAAAAAAAACAAGAGUGUUUUGACAAAACAGCAAAAACAACGCAAAAAUUGCUCUUUUCGAAAGGUUUUACGAUUUUCUAACGAAUAUUUUGUGGUAGGCGUAUGUAUUGGUAUUGCAGCUCGAAAUUUGUAAAAAAAGUGCCAAAUUGCAAUAUUAAAAAAACAAACGAAGGUAGUUCUUACAGACUUUAUGUACAUCUCUUGAUUUGCUAGUGCUUUGUGGCAAAUUAAAACUGCAAUAUUCCAUUUGUAAAAAAUUGGAAACAGAUUUCUGAGUUUUUUGUGCUUAACCGUGAACGGUGAUAGAGAAAUCUUAAAAUUGUGUGCACUCUAAUUGAUGACUGAGAAUAAAGGAAUCAUGCUGGCAAAAUCUGUACAAAAACACGCUGGACGUGCCAAAGAAAAGAUUUUGCAAAACCUGGGCAAAGUCGACCGAACUGCGGAUGACAUCUUCGAUGAACAUUUAAACAACUUCAAUCGCCAACAAAAUAAUGCCAACAGACUACAAAAAGAGUUUAACAAUUAUAUCAGAUGCAUUCGAGCUGCUCAAGCUGCUUCCAAGUCGCUAAUGGAUGCCAUAUCCGAAAUCUAUGAACCACACUGGGUCGGCUACGAUGCGUUGCAGGCGCAAACUGGCGCUGCCGAAAGCCUUUGGCAAGAUUUUGCUCAUAAAUUGGCGGAUCAAGUGCUGAUUCCAUUGAAUACGUACACUGGCCAGUUUCCUGAAAUGAAGAAAAAGGUGGACAAACGCAAUAGAAAACUUAUUGACUACGAUGGCCAACGCCACUCAUUCCAGAGUCUACAGGCCAAUGCCAAUAAGCGUAAGGAUGAUGUCAAGCUUACCAAAGGACGCGAGCAGCUGGAGGAAGCUCGUCGCACCUAUGAAAUACUCAACACUGAGUUACAUGAUGAGUUGCCCGCCUUAUAUGAUUCAAGAAUACUAUUUUUGGUCACCAAUUUACAGACACUCUUUGCAACGGAACAAGUUUUUCAUAAUGAAACGUCUAAGAUCUACUCCGAGUUGGAGGCAAUUGUGGACAAAUUAGCAACUGAUUCCCAGCGCGGCUCAAACACGCUACGAAAACAAACUAGUAAAUUUAUGGAAAGCUCUACCUUUCCCGUUCCUAGCCCAACGAAGACGUCGCCAUUCAAGCAAAUGAACAAUACAAGCAACACUAAUAAUAGCAACUAUCAAAAUCAGAUCACCACAAAUGGUUCUAGUAAUGCCACUAGUCCAUCAUCCACAUCCACAAGCUCCUCACAUCAAACAUCCAGGCUUGACUCAGUUUCUCCAACACCAGAAUCGACGCCGUUAAAGUUGAGAGGCGGUGCCACUCCCGCUGUCGCCCCCACCAUGUCGAGUGCCAGCGCCGGCUCACCUUCUUCGCCGGAAAGCAGCCCCCUAACUGGACCUGUGAUUCCGCCUUCAUAUCAGAAUGCAGUUGCACUACUUUCGACGGUCACGAACGAAGCGACACCCAACAAUGCCGCCGAACAGCGCCAAAGUAUUGUACUGGAUAGUCCAAAUGCGAACACGUCACUUGCUGCUGCUGCGACAGAGAAAAGCGAAAGUAUAGAUGUUGCACAGGCGCAUAAUGCUGCUGCUGAGGCGUCCCUCACAACUGAUGAACUGACAACAAACGAUAAAGAAGUCUCGAAUGUGACGGCCACUCCGGCAACCACUAACAACGUAGACGAAAGCAGCAAUACAAAGAAAUCGGCGAAACCCACACCAGAACAGCUAAACGGUAAUGCUAACGUCAAUGAAAAUGCAGCAGACACGCAGUCACCCACCCCCAAUGCCAACGUCGAUACACCCCCAAAAACGGCAGCAACAUUGGCGACGGAUGCGAAUAAUGGCAAUACGGAUGAAACGAAUAAGAAAUCAGGAGGUAAAGUCAUUCAAAAGUCACCAAAAAGACACAAAGCACAGUUAUUGAACCCAUUGAAUUUGAUACGAAAAUCGCGCGCCGCCGCGGCCUCGCCCAAUCAAUGCGUAAAUAUUGAUAAGCGUGCGGCCGCUACAAAUGAACUUAAUACUGUUAAUAAAGAAGCUUCAACAAAUGUUGAGCAAAAUGCGAAUGCGCAAAACAAUGAAAAUGUAGAAGCAUCGGUUAGUAAAAAUCCUUUCGAAGAAGAUGAACAAAUCUACGAAAUACCAACUGAUGCCACCACAUCGGAUUUGCCAGCAGGUGUGCUUUACCGUGUCAAGGCGACCUAUGGUUACGUGAAGGAGGACGCUGAUGAAUUAAGUUUCGAAGUAGGCGAUAUAAUUCGCGUCAUUGAGUACGAUGACCCAGAGGAUCAGGAGGAAGGCUGGCUGAUGGGGCAGAAGGAAGGCACAAACGACAAAGGACUGUUCCCUGCCAACUUUACACGGCCUAUCUAGGCAUACCAGCGUGCGAACAACAACCGCAGCAGGCCAGUGCAACGAACAAAACAUCAACAAUAAAUAAUUAAAUAAAUAAAGAAGAAGGAGAAGCAUAAAAAUAUUUAAAGAUAAAAGUUUAAGGAAAAGUAGAAAAUGACAGUAAAAUCAAGCCCAGCGGAAAUUUCAACAAUGGCGUUAAAUUGGCUGCAGCGAAUGCAAGAAUUGUUAAUUUUUUAUAAAUAUUUAUAAAUUAAUUUUUUCUGUAGAAAAAUCUAUUUACUCUGCUAUCCUAAAACACACACACAGACGCAAAAUCAAAAAGCAAGCAGGCGAAAUUUGUUGUUAAGCGCCAAUUCAAGCGUAUAUAGGGGAAUAUACAUAUAUACAUAUGUAUGUAUUACAUGCACACCUCCAGAUAUAUAUUUAUACACACUUGCUUAAUAUAUUUUGUUCCGCUGUCAUACAUACAUACAUACAUACUUAGCUGUGUAUGUGCAUAGUCUAUUUUAUUUUUGCUCAUAAAUGCAAUAAUAAUUUUAUUAUAUUGACUAUUUUUGUUUUGAAAAUUUUAAAAAGAGAGUAAAGCAAAUUGAACAAGAAUAUAAAAUUAUUAAAUUGAAUAUUGGUGCAUAAAUACAGAGAUCCACGCCUUUUCGCGGAUGUUCUUCAAUAUGAAAAAACGAUUUUUUGCUAAAAUUAAUUAAUGAACUCGAUUCUGAAUUUAUGUACGGAUAUUCAAAAAACCUUAUUUUUUAAAUUGUAUUUUAUUUCUUUUUAAAUUUUAUUCAAAUGCGCUUCCCUUCCAGUUUUAUUGAAUUCAAAUCAAGUUCGUCCAAGGCGAAUGCAUUAAAGGUGGUGGCACUAGGCCAAUAACAACAUUUUGAAUGUCAAAGUUAAAAACAAGGAAGUGCUUUAUUUAUUUUAAACGAAUUGCGCUCUACCCCAUUAUCUUAUUUGCUUAUAAAAAGCCUUUUGAAUUUCAAUUCAUUACAAAAUUUCAAUUUUCAAAUCACAAAUUUUAUUGUAAAUAAUACGUUUCGUAAUUUAAUUUUGUGCACCGCGAAAAAAAGAAGCACAAAUCAGCUGGCUACUGCUACCACCUUGAGCAGAUUCGCCUUGAGUUCGUCCACAACAUUUUGGUUUGUCUUUUUUGAAUUCAAUAUGUAAUUUAUUAAAUUAUCUGAAUGAUUCUACAUAUCCAUUUUCUUUUAUCAAGAAAAGUCAACUUUAGUCGAAGUUGCUUAAAAUUUUAUUGUUAUUGUUAAUUUUUUAAAAUAUACAUACAUAUAUAUAUUAAUAAUAAAUAAGUUUCAAUUAAAAUUGGGUGGAACGAAGCUGGCCUAAAGCAAAACGCUAACUAAUAUUUAUUAACAAACUAUUUAUUUACCAGAAAUUCGAAGAACAAAACGUCUCAUCCACUUUCGAUUACAGCAAUGUGAUUGAGUUUUAAUUAAGAAGCCGAAACAAGUAACCAGGCAAAAAAUCAAUAUUUUGUUCGGCGCCAAUAUGUAUGAUAUUUACAAAAAAGAAUCAUAAACAUCCAAUGUUUGUCAAUUUCACACAAAUUCGCCACCGAACAAUCGAAAAUGGGCUUAAAAUUUGUAUUUGAAAUUGUAAUUGAAAUUCGUGAGUAAAGCACGGAGAAAGUAUCUAGUUGUGAAUCGCAGCAUAUUCAAUACAUACAUACAUACAUAUAAUACAUAAAUGAAUCGUACAUACAAAACCACGUAAAUACCAGAGAAAAAAUAAAAGUAAAUUAAAUAAAAUAUUAAAGAUAAUUGACACGGCCACAAACCUGUUUUCAGGCAUUUUUCAUUAUUCAAAAUAUUUAGAAAAAUUAAUGUAACAAAAUUUGACGAAAACAUUAAAGCAAAUAUGCGUUUUACAUAUUUGCAUUUGGUAGCCAGAAUUUUGCGCAAAACUUAUAUAUGAAUAAAUUUAAUUGAAAGAGAUGUAUUAAAUGAAUAUCUACUUACGUUAGUAGUUAAGCGUAAAAAUUACAAACGAAACAACAAAACACAAAGAAAUAUGAAUUAAAAGCAAUGCAAAACAUAAUAAUUUUGAUACAUAAAUCCGUAUAAUAGUAGAAAACAAAGUUUAAAUUACAUGCAUACACAUAUAUAUGUGACGUAACACCGAUUUCAUGAUUUAUUAUAAUAAAAUUAUGUAAAAGAAAAACCAAGAACAAAGCCAGUGCCAACAUAUAGCCGACUAGAGAGACUUUAAAACAACAACACAUUUAAAAAGAAAUCAAAAGUCAGUUGCUGACCGAAAAAUGGUUUAUUUAAAUUAAAAAAAAAUAAAAACUUCAAUAAAUAAAUAAGAAAAAACAAAACCAUAUCUAUUAGUUUGUUAUUUUUGCGCAAAUACGUAGUGCUUGUGGUGAGUUGUUACUUUUCUCAAACUAUAAUUAGUUAUUAUUUUAUGAUUAUUUCAAAAUAUAAACCUUGAAUUCUAUUAGAAAUAAAAAUAUUGCCCCAAUUAUGAUGAAAAGUAUUGGAAUGUUAAAAUGUUUACACUUUAUAAUGUUGCACAAUUUCAAAGGCAUUUCGUGUUUCCAAAAGUUCAUUUCAAAUUUUUUAUGAGCGGAUUUAUAGAAAAUUAUUAUUUUACUAAAAAAAUCCCAUCUUCUUUGUUAUGUAUUUCAUGAGGAAAGAUGCGCACUAACGCUGAAGCUGAACAUGAUAGCUUAUCGAGUGCAUGGAGACGAAAGCAAAAAGAAAAAACAGCUACUCGUACAUACAUACAUAUAUGUGUAAAAACAGACCAUUGUAUUUAGUAUUUAGUUGUAUUUAAUUGUACGUGCAUAUAUUAUUUACAGCCAUUACUGGUCGUCUUUGAAAACCACUACAAAUUAACGGAACGAAAAUAAAUAAUUAAACUAAUAACGA